AUGGCCUGGGCACAGCCGAGGGCCGAGGGUGGAGCUGGGCUCCAAAACGCCGCGGUGGCGGGGUACAAUGGUCGCCGGUCAGCCUUACAGAUCCGACGGGUACAAGAGCUGUGCCUAGGUGUAACAAGUGCCAUGGGCCGAAGCCCGAGCGAGCUCAUCACUGUCGCGUAUGCAAAUCUUGUAUCCUCAAAUAUGACCAUCAUUGUCCAGUAG